GCUCUCGGAGGGGCAGCAUGUCUGGGGGCAAGUACGUAGACGCGGAGGGGCUGCUCUACUCCGUGCCCAGCCGGGACCAGGGCAACAUCUACAAGCCGCACAACAAGACCAUGGCAGACGACCUGCCCGAGAAGCAGCUGUACGACGCGCACACCAAGGAGAUCGACCUGGUCAACCGGGACCCCAAGCACCUCAACGACGAUGUGGUCAAGAUUGACUUCGAAGACGUGAUUGCCGAGCCUGAGGGCACACACAGCUUUGACGGGAUCUGGAAGGCCAGCUUCACCACCUUCACCGUGACAAAAUACUGGUUUUACCGCUUGCUCUCGGCCCUCUUGGGCAUCCCCUUGGCCCUUCUCUGGGGCAUCUACUUUGCCAUCCUCUCCUUCCUGCACAUCUGGGCCGUGGUGCCUUGCAUCCGGAGCUACCUGAUCGAGAUCCAGUGUAUCAGCCGUGUCUACUCCAUCUGCAUCCACACCUUCUGCGACCCGCUCUUCGAGGCCAUCGGCAAGAUGUUCAGCAACAUCCGAGCCACAGUCCAGAAAGAAAUCUGAAUGACGGUCCCGCCGGCUUUAGCGUCUCCCUCUCCUCCCCUUGAUCUAGGCCCCUGCCUCAGGCCUCUCGUGGCCUCUUCCAGCCCCAAACAAAGAAAUCACCAGUUCGGUUUCCAAUGUUGCUAUCUGUGUCCCCGGCCCGCUCCUGGAUUCCCCUUGGCCCAUUCCCAGAAGUCGGGCUUACCCGCAGGCCCGAUGGCCAUAGUCCUGCUUCCCUUUUGGGCCGGGGUGGACAGUUUGGAGGGUCACUUCUGGUAGGUGCCCCCGGCACCAGGUGAGUGGCUUUCCAUUCCACCAGUGAGCUGCCACCACAGGAAACCCAGGACUCGGGGUGAGAGGGUGCAGGUAGACUGGCCUUGUCCCUUGUCUUGGCCACGGGCAGUCAGUAGGUGUUGGCUUCCAAAGCCCAAGCAGAGUGCCUGACAACCAUUAACCAACCUCCUCCAUUCACUCGCCCCCUCAGCCUGCUAAAUCCUGGCACUUUCCCCGCAAGACCCACACCAAAGUCAGGUGUUCCCCUUCAGAGCCCCUCCCGUCCUCCCUCCAGAAGGCUGGAUGACUAUUCGUCAGCCACUUCCGACUGGGAGCGAGGUCUCCAAAAGGAUCCCAGGGGGAAAAUCCCAGGGCCUUAUUACUGGGUGUCAAUUGUGACUCUGGGGCUCCGGGCUGGAGGGCCUACAACUGGGCUUUGGCCACAUCGGCCUUCCCUGGAGAAAACGUUCUUCCCAGAGGUGUGCGGGUUUGCCCCAGGAGGGAAUCAGGAUGUGUUCCGGGGAGGACACCCACCUGAGCCAUCAGUGAGAGAAGCCGGCACUGACAAUGACAGCAUAGGACUGUUAGCCACUUCGUUCCUGAGUCAGGCCCGCAGGCCAUCCAGCCCAGCUCUCCAUUUCCCUAGCAAUGAGAUGCUUAGGGGAAUUGGCUCUGGUCACCUUUUCUGCACCUCGACCCUCAUGGUUUGGGGCGGACCAUCUGACACCCGCCCCCCUCAACUCUCCCACUCACCAUUCUUAACUUUCCUUAUCUCAGCAAAGGAAGAUCAGCUUGCCAUUAACUUACAGACUGUCUGCCAGUCAUCCAGACUAACCCAUCAGGGAGUGGUUUCUAAAUGCAAGCUGGUGCCCUGUACUGGCAGCUGAUCAGCCAAUCCCCGAGUGUUCCCAAAGGUGGUGGGCUGGGCCUGGGAAUAGUUGGGAAAACGCGGACCUUGGUCACCUGUUGCCGAGCCCGUGACCAGGGAAAGUGUUUCCCGGUGCUCAGACACCGCUGUGUGCCUGCGAGUGGCUACCAGCCACUUGCAGAAGCUUCCAGAAAACAGGGAGCUAGGUCAUUUUGCUGGCCUAAAUUCAGCUUCUCCUGAACCCAAACUGAGGAAUUUUACCCAUGAACCUGAGCUGUACAAAAAGCCGCCUAGUCCAGCCGAUAUCUUGACUUCCAACCUUGCUGACCCCUCUCCCUUCUGCAUGUCCCGGGCUUUGUCUCUCUUGUCUUUGCCAGGGCAGCCUGCUCACUGAGAGCAGCUUCCCUCCCUUUAGCUCCUACCAACCUAUUAAAUAACAGUUAAGACAGACACUGGCAUGGAAAUCAUUUUACUUUUUUUACCGUGUACAUAACAGAAACUGUACUAUUUUCGAUAUUUUUCAGAGUAAAACACAUCAUGUCAAGAAUGUAAACCUAAAAUAGGCUUAUCUUCCUCUGAGGAAAGUAACUUUGGAAUCACCCUGGUGAUCCCACAGGUAAACUGUGUAUCCUGAGCAAUGUCUGUUCACUUAGAAAUAUAGGCCCUAAUCCCCCCACGGAUUGUCAAUCCAGGGCAUUUACAGCCAUAGUGUAUGCUUACUGAUAUAUUUGACACUUUUUUUAUUCUGCAUGUACUGUAAAUGCUGCGUUUCUGCACAAUAAAAAUGUUUUAACAGUA